AUGGAGCAGCACCUGUGGGGGUCUCAGCUCGGCAACAAAACCGCAGAGACAAUGAGCAUCACAUUCGAUGUAUUCGAACAACCGUACUGGCUUCCGGGAGAACACAUACGUGGGUCUGUCGUUAUCAGAGUGCCAUAUUCAGCAGCCAUCUCGAGUGCCAGGAUCGACCUCGAAGGUUUGUCAUUGAUUCACAGUGUGAACAAGGACCGCAGCAGAGAGUUUUCAGUACAUAAAUUUCUCUACCAGAACCACGACGUGCGUUGCGUCGCCAAAGUCAGUGGGGAGGUCCAAAAGUCUUCUUACCUCGCAACAUAUCGGAUUCCCUUUGAUUUCCUGAUAUCUCGUACGAUAUCAUCGAACGCAGACAAACUGCCCGCCGGGUGUCUCGAGCUCCCCCCGACGACGUUGAUCGGCGGCCUCGCGUGGAGCCCUCGCCACGGCAGAGUCUUCGCGCAGCCCAACAUUUCGUAUCAUCUCGUGGGCGAAGUGGUGCUCCUGGAUCAAUCGUCACCGAGUACGUGGACUCUGAGGGAAGAAAAGCCGAUCAAGAUCUGGAAGAGCUCCUCGAUCAUGCCGCCAAUCAGUCUGGGCGACUUUGCCGCCGAAUACAGGACCGUCGCCGAGACCCCGUGUGCUCUCCGCAGACUGGAAUCGCCCAAACUUCGUCUCCGAAUCUCGACGACAGAGCCAGCGGCGGUGGCGUUCAACUGUCGCCAAUCGGACCAGGUCGCUAACGUCGACCUCCGCGUCUGCUUCUCACGACCGGCUACUUCACACGCGGUGGAUGAACGGCGACUUCGCAGCCUCCUCGCCAAAGUCAAGAUUCAGGUGCAGACCUGUCUCCGGGCCAAGACAUUCUACACUCCCGUCGCCUUCGAGAAGGUCCCAGGACAGGCAAUGUUGACUCCGACGAGCAAUUGCCGGAUGAACGACCAGGCAUUUCAGCUGGGGGCGUCCAUGGGUCUUCCCGUCGAAUCAGCCGCGCCUUCUUUGGGUGGUUCCCUCAAGGAGGCUUAUGACGGUCCCUUCGCAGUGGCGGGGAAAGGAGACGAUGAUGAAGAAGAAGAAAUGAAGUGGGAGACUCACAAGAGGCGGCGCAGUGAUGACGGUGCACAGGCUUCGACAGCUGACUACAGUCUCUGGCACAGCAGCAACCUCUUCCGCUGCCCGCUCACGAUUCCGCACGGUCUGGUCCCGACGUUCUGGUGCCCCACGGCGAGCCAGCAGUAUAGUUUGCUGCUGGACGUGAAAGUUUCUGGGCUCAACACAGAGCAGACGAAGCUCAGGCUCGAAGUGCCCCUGCAGAUAUUCUAUGACCUAGGCCCCUCGGCGACACCGGGUGGGCCGGUGUGUCGGCGUCUGAGGAGUGUCGCGACGGAGAGACGCACGGGGUAUGACCAGGACGAGGAAAACGACGAGGACGUCUGUACGACGAUUGUUAUGCACGAUAUCGAGGAGGGGGCCCCGCCUAUGUACGUUUAG